AUGGACGCGCAGGCUUGUAUGAAGUCGCUGCUCCUCGCGGCCUCCCAGUACCGGGCUGCGCGGACCCCGCCCAACGCAGCGCUGCUGCAGCGGAGUCUGGAGGUGAGAGCAGCCGAGCGGACCUGCACGGUGUGCGGCUUUCCGUCUCUCGGCUCGGCUGGUCGCGGGUGCCUGGCCGGGAGUUCACAGAAGCGGCUGGGAAUGGCCCUUUUUCUUUGGGAUUUCUGUUUUUAGGAGUUUUCUCUCGAAAGCAAAACAACAGCAACAAACAAAUCCCGAUGCGCGCAGCGAAAAAGUGCCUUGCAAAUAAAGCGGCCCGGGCAAACUUAACCUGGCAGUAAGCCCUAUUUGGAGAUCGUGGGGACCCAAAGUGCAGUUUUCUACAUUAUUUGAAAAAGAAGUGAGAGGUAGGGGUGGAGAUUGGAAGCGGGGAGGGGAAAUACACCCCCGUUUGAUUUCUACUGGUUCCUUAGCUGGCAGGCGUAUAACAGGCCUGCUCACAACAAAGGAAGCUGCCAUACAUAUGCAAUCAUCAGCAAAAACUGCAAGGUUUUUAGCGGGGGCAAUUUAGAAUAAGAUAUAUUAUUUGAUUAUUCAUGCAAACCUCAAAAAUAUAUUUUGCAUAGUUAAGUUCUUACACUUUAUUUGCAACAGCCACUAGCCAUAGCAAUAAAAUAAAGAUUCUUAUGAGUGCAUAUGCAAUCAAGGAAUUGUACAGCAUGUUUAUUUGCAGUGUGUGUUUGUAGUGGUUACUGCAAUGUGUGCUGUGUGGCACUGCUGUUAAAUAGGGAUGGGGUCCCAGUGGCCCUCCAGGCAAAGCUGAAUUUCCACUCUGAUGAUUGACCUGUGGAUUGAAACUUAUCUAGCUGGAGUCUAGCACCAUAGGAGGGCUAUAAUGCCACAUCAUAAGGAGCAUAUGAUUCUGAAACCCCUUAACUCAGGAUCUCAUCAUGGGUUUUUUCUUUUAUUUAUUGCACUUUAUUUUAUAGCUUGCUGUAUUCCAUGGACUUGGAAUGGCUUACGUAAUUUCCCCCUAAAUGUUAAAAGCCCUGAUCUGUGGGAUUCACAAUCUGAACCUGGUCACACAUUGUGGUUAACUAUGGAGACUCUGCUCUGUACUUUCUGCUUCAGAGUUAUGGAAGGUGGUCACAGGGGAGAGGACCACCAGACUUAUGGAACUUAAUCUCUACUGAGGCUCCCUUGGAUCGUUCUGAAAUAAAUCUAUACAGGCAACUCCCAAUUUACACAGCAGUUACAUUCCAAAGCACCACACAUUUAAAUGAAAUUGCAUAUAUUGCAUGGUCAAACACGUCUAAGAUGGUUGCCUGUAUACACUUGUUUUAAAAAAGGCAUUCAGAAUCAACUGAUUUGGGAAAUUUUGUUUAGGUGCUAGUUCUGAUUGCUUUGGCUUUCUGGUUUGUUUAUUUUUAUUUCUUUACAACCCCCUUUUGAUGUUCAGAAAGGUGGAGGAGAUAAAUCUUAAAUAGGGAACAGCAAAAUUCAUUGUUUAUCUGAACUACAUUUCGCUUAAUUGUAACCUUGACCCACUCUGGAAAGUGGGUUCUAUGGAAGAAAGUGCUUAUCCAUAGGCAUUUGGCAGUUCUUGUAGCACUGGAGCCUAUAUUGCCUAUUUUCAGUUGGAAGCCACUUGGUUAGUUUUUUUAAUUAAUUAAAAUGUAUAGAACAAGUCUGAAAAUACUCUUAUUGUAGUUAAUAAAUCUAUGUAGAAUUUCCACCAGCUCCCCAAUUCUGUCUGCAUACAGUAUUCAAGUUAGAAUUCUUGCAGAUCUGAUAGAAUUCAGAGAAAAAACUACCUUUAGCCACUUCUUGAGAGCCUCAAUUUUGUAAGCAUCUAGGUUGAAGUGUUCUUCUGAGGGUGCAUUCACAAGGACACUUUUUUUCAACUGUCAUACUUUUGGAAGAUGCUGUUAACAUGUUAUCUAGCUCUGGUGUGUUUAUACUACUCGUAGAACUCUUUUUAGAAGUAUGGUAAAGAUAUAACAUAUAGUAAGUUGUUGUGUAUGUAUUUGAUUAUGUACUUAUUUCAAAGAAUGGUCUUUGAAAGAAUGGCUCCACUCUAAAUUAAGCCCUGUUAAGUUCUAUUGAUUUUUGUGAGAGAAAGUUAAGGAUACUGUACUAUGUCUUUUCACUUUAUUGAAAGUGAGUUCAUAGUUCACUUAGCUUUGUGGAAGACUGCUGUGUAUUCACUAGAGCUCCAGUAUACUUAAGGAGUAUUUGGUUCAGUGUUACUUUUUAGCUUCAGUUAGUAGUUACCAUAUUAAAUACAUUUUUCCAGGUCAUCUCAGGAUUGAAGCUGACAAGAUUUUUUGCAUCGAACCAGAUUUUACCAAGUGAAUGUCUAUGCUGCUUAGUGGAACUCAUUGAAGAUCCAAAUACAAGCCCCCAGUUAACCCUGAAUGUGGUAGGCUUGCUCUCUCAACUGGGUAAGCCUUAAAUACAUUUGAGUUGCAUAUCCUGAGCUGUUUAAUACUUUAUAGGUCAAGAUAAAGUGUAGUGUAAAACUUAUGAUUGGCUCUGAUUUCUUGCAUACUUUUGUAUAUAACUUUCUCAGACAUCACACUAAAAUGUAAUGUUAGAGUGUUCUGAUCGUCAUAACCAAAAUUUCUUGGCUGGGUUUUUUUUUAAAAAAAUCAUUUUUAAAAUAUUAAAUUUAUUGCUUUUGUGCAGCUCAUGAAUGCAACAACUUAGUUAUUGUAAGAAAAGCAGGAAUACAAAAUCAGUGUCUGGACUUAGUAAUGCAUUGGAUGAGGUCAGUAAACUGAAGCACAAUCUUAACAAGAUGGACGUGGGUGGGUAGUACUUGGAGUCCAGGAAAUUGGUAUCCACUUGCUCUGGAUGGGACCUGGUAUACAGGGUGGGAGUACUCCUUGAUCCAUCAUUGUCACUUGAUACCUGGAGUGCCUUUUAUUACCUAUGACUGGUUCACCACAUGUGACAGGAUAGCUUUGCCAUGCUGAUCGCCACUCUGUUAGCCUGGUUGUUCUGUAAUGUGUUGGGGCUGCCCUUUUAAGAGUAUAUGGAAGUGCAUAACUCAGCUGCUAGAAUUUUGACAGGUUUAGCCAAAGCUGUUCAUAUUGCACCUAUUUUGAAAGAUCUAUAUUGAUUACCUAUCUGCUUCCAAGUUCAAUUAAAGAUGCUGAUGCUUUACCUUAAAACCUUGUAAGAAUUGGAACCCACAUUCUGGAGUGCUUCCUUCCAUAGCAGCCUCCCCAUGUCUUACCUUCUGGAGAGGCUCUGCUCCAAGUAUUCUCUUUAGUAUAUGUAUGUUGUGGUUCUACAAGGAGAAGGCUCUUUGUUCAAUGGUGCCACAACUUUGGAGUGGCAUCUUUAUGAUGGCAUGGCUGGCACUGAAAUUACAAGCUUUGGUACUAGUUGAAAACCUUCCUAUUUGACCAAGCAUUUUAAAUUUUAGAUGGCCUUUGGAAUUGUGCUGUAUUCUAUCUUUUAUUUUACUUUGCUUUGUUUAUUUUUUAUUUUUACUUUGUAUUUAUAAGUUGUAUUGAAUUAAUUCUGUUCACACUUUUGUAUACUUACACAAACUUUUGAUGAAUGGUUAAAAAAUAUUUUUAAAAUAUUUUUAAAUAAAUGGUGAUUUGAAUGCUUCUGAAUAAGCAGAGAUAUAGUGUAAAGCUAGAGAUAUGUCAACAUUACUUUAGCAGAUUUUAUUGCAGAUAUGCCAGACUUUGGGGGAAUAUGUUAACUGACCUUUUGUUUUAAGAUGGAAAUUUACUUGUUUCCAGUGUGUAAGACUACAUCUUUAGAAGCAGCUAGCAUUUCUUCUUAAUUUGCUUAAUUAAGUUACUUUAUAUCCCAGCACAUUUCAUGAAAAUUAAAAAAUAGGUUCAAAGACUCUUUAUUAAAAUAUAAUUGACUGUUGGAUGGAAAUAUUGCUUUAUAAAUUUUCUGAAAUAUUUUCUAAUUGCCUUUGUUCUUGACGCGUUGCUUCUAGUGACUAUGUGUGUAUGUUUAUAUUUUAGUUUUAGAUAAUGAGAUCAGAGAAGCCCUUCUGAAUACUUACAAUUUGUGUAGUGUCCUGGCAGGUGUGAUUCAUCGAAGUUCUAUCAAACCUCUUGAUCCAGUAUUAUUACAGGUAACAUAAUGUAAUGCUUGACACUUCAUAUAGCGGGAAUUGUUUUUUGUAAGUAAUGUAAAGCUUUAAAAUUAUUUUUAGCUAUGUUUUGCCUUUCUUACAUGGAACUCAAAGCACAUGGUUCCCGGGGGGUGGGGUGAUGGUUCCUCCCAUCCAAGUGCACAUGAGAUCCAAACCUGCUUAGGUGUCCAUGCCAUCAGACUAUAGCUGAAAUGCAAAUGUAGAGAUUUCUAAUAAAAUGUGGAAAAGUAAUGGCACACCUGCCUUACUUGAUUUAAAUAGAUUUGUAUCCUAUAGCCAUGGAACAAUUAUUUCUGCUUCAGCACCAUGUUCUUUUUGGUGUGAAAUAAUGGGUUAGUCCCAUCUUCACUAAAACCAAAACUUGAUUGACUAGAGUCGGUGAGAGAAACUGUUUUGGUUUUAUUCCACCCCCUCCCCUCGCCAACUACUGGUUUCACAUCUGCACUUCAGUGAUUAAUGCCCCUUGGUGCUUCACCUUAGGGUGAAGCUCAGCUAAUGUUAAGUCCCCAGCCCCAGCACAUAACUUACUCAUCCAAGUGAGCCUAAGCUGGCUGAACCUAGGCCUGUGUAAGUCCCAAAAAUGUGUUCUGGGGUGUGGCAGGAGCCUGACUAUAGAGUGGGGACAGACUGGAUCCUAAGCCCAUUCAGCUUGGUCAUGUGAUCUUGCAACUUGGUGUAGAACAUUGAAAGGCAUGUUUCCCCUCUUCCAGGCUUAAGCUUGCUUCAUGACAGCUUCUUGUGCAUACAAUUGACCCCUUAACCCAGUUGUUUUCAACCAGUGUGCCGUGGCACCCUGGGGUGCCUUGAAUGAUAGUCAGAGGUGGCACGGGCAACAUUGGUCUCUGUCCUUCUUUCCUUCCCUCCCUUCUCUGAUGUCCUCUUGCAACUCUGCCUCCCAAAGGCUUGUGCGGCUGUAUGUUGCAGCAGCCCUGGCUACAAACUCUCCAGGCGAAUGGUGCCUUGGGGGUUGGUCAUGGGGCGCUGGUUGCAGGAGCUGAGGUGGCCUUGGAAUAAGCAAGCAGGUGGGUGAGUGAGGGAGGCCUGCCAGCUAGUCCACCAGCCCUUGCAGUUGGACAGACAAGUGGUAGGCCAGGCAGGCACUGUGCUGGCCUUUCUUGUGAUUGCUGGUUGCAAGGCCUGCCUGGGAGCUGAGUGUCCAGUGCUGAAGGGGAGCCUUUCCAGCAUGCAGGGCUGGCAGCGCCUGCUGCUGCCACUGCAGCCUCCCAAGGUAAGGUGCUGGCCUCACAUUCACCUUUGGACAGUCUUUGUUGAUCCACUUAGGCUGAGGGCACCCUCUUGCCAGGCCCCUGGUAGGUGGCAUGAGGAGGUACCUCUCUUUGGAGUUGGAGCGGGCAGCUCAGAGACCAGGAGCGGCUGCCUGGAGGACUCCCAAGGAGAGAGGAGAGGAGGCUAAGGGAACACUUCACAAGGGAGAGUAUUCAAAAAAGGGUGAGAGGCUGCUAGCUCUGCAGGCAAGGGGUGACAUAACUGGGCUCCUGAGUCCCACAGGGGUGCCACAGAAAGAAUGUAGAUGGUCAAGGGAGCUGUGGACUCAAAAACUUUGAAAACCUCUGCCUUAACCUACUAAUUAGUUGUCUAAACUGAAUUUUUAGAAGACUAUUAAUCAACAAGGAGAAAUGAUUUUAAUAGUUUUGAAAUAGUAUAUUGUCUAGUUCCUAAUCUGAAAAUGGAAUGCAAUGGCUCUAAUACAGAUACUUUCCUAAUAUCUAGAACCUCAAGAAGUUAUAUCUUUUAGUUGUAUCAUAAUUUGUUUUUCCCCCCCUCAAGAGUAUUCAACUGCUGCAGAAAUUGACCUACAAUGCAAGAGUAUUCCAUGGCAGUACUAAUAUUGAUGACUUAAUUUCAUUUCUUAUACACCAUAUGUAAGUACCUCAUAAGAUUAAAUCUUUAUCUCAGUAAGGCUACAGUUGUAUACUUGCUCAUCUUGGAGUAAAAACUACUGAGCUGUUUUCAGGGAGGUAGUUAAGGCAUUGGGACAGCAAGAGAGAAAGGGCAGGUGCAUUUUAAGGAACAGAAGACUGUUAGACUGAGGAUGAUAGAACAGGACGACCAAAGAUUUUCCAGCAGAGGUAUAUUCAUAGAAUCAGAAAAUUGUAGAGUUGGAAGGGACCACGAGGGUCAUAUAGUCCAACCCCCUGUAACGCAGGAAACGUUUGCCCAACAUGGGGCGCACAUCCACAACUCUGAAAUUAAAAGUCUCAUGCUCUACCAACUGAGUUAGGAGAUGGGAAGAUAGGACAGAGGUAGUGUUGGUGGGUAGAGCUGAACUUGCAAUAAGCAAGUGAAGAGAGAUGAAACUCCCUGCCCUCCUCUCCACUUCCCAGGCGGUUUCAUAGAAUCAUAAAAUCAUAGAAUCUUAGAGUUGGAAGGGACUCAAGGAUCAUCUAGUCCAACCCCCUGCAAUGCAGGAAUCUCAGCUAAAGCAUCCAUGACAGAUGGCCACCCAACCUCUGCUCAAAAACCUCCAAGGAAGGAGAGUCCUAUGCAGAUAUUUGCCAUACCACUCCUGUUUAGUUUCAGAGGAGAGUUUAAUUGGCCACCUUCAGGUCAGUCUCUAAAAUGCACUAAAAUAAGAGUAGCAUAUGUAUUUGGGCAGGGGAAGAAGACAUAUAACUUUUGUUUUCAGUAAAAUUAAUAAAGCUAAUUACACUUGGGUUUUCAUUCUCUUUAGUGGCUUCUCUUCUGCAAGAAGUGUUAAGUCCUACCACUAAAUUCAUUAUGACACCAGCAGCUGUAUGUGGGUGGGCAAACUGAUAAGUGUUUUGAACGGCUUAUGCUGCAAUCCUGUAUACACUAACCUUGUAGUAUGUCCUGUUAAACUCAGUGGAGCUUACUUUUGUAGGAUUGCACUCUGUGCAUAAUUAUAAAGUGAGCAGCAUAAGCAUACAGCAAUUCCAAUGCAGUGAUUUACUUGUGUUCUGCAUGUGGGAUCAUUCUGCUGAUUUGGAUAACAAAGUGAAAGUUGCUCUGAGGGGAUAAUGAUUAACUUGAAGGAAUCAGUUUUAUAAGAAACAAAGUAUGGAAUUCUAAUAAACAUGUUAACAAAGCAGAUUGCUUUAUUAUGGGCUUUUAUUUUAGUCAGUCUACAGAAGACGAGUUAACAAUACCAUGCCUAGGACUUAUGGCAAAUCUGUGUCGACACAAUCUAUCCAUUCAAGCACAUAUUAAGUCAUUGGUAAGAAACUUUCUUUAUUGAAAUCUUUUUGAAGAAAGGGGAGUCUAAUCAUUUGAGCGUGUGAAACAUUAGCACUUUAAGUGAGCAAGUGGGAGUUGAUUAUUUCUCUUGAUCUUAUAUAGCAGAUGAGCACAACCAUUAUCUCCAAAGAACAUGGAAGAAAUUAGAAUUUCAAGAAAUGGCUUGGUUAAUCUGGGGAAAUUUCCUUCUGUAUUUACAUAUUUAGCAGAGGUGGUAAAGACAUUUCCUGUGUACCUUCAAAACUACAGGACUAUAGUCUCAUGCUAAUGAGCCUAGAGAAAAUGAUUACACUAACGUAAUGCAGAAAAGAAGUCGAGAAUGAGGACUUUCCACAGCACUUGAAUAUGACUCCUCUUGCUUUUGAUUAUUUUAACAAACACUAGAUCUAAUUUUGGCCAAGUUCUUAAGUAAAGGUCUUUUAUGUAGAUUUCAUAUUUCCUCAUUCCCCCCCUUUAGCUAUGCUAAUAUUUCUGAAAUCCAAAUCCUCAAAAAAUACACUUCACUUCUCAGUGAACACCACCAUUUUGCAAUCUUUCACAAAUGUGUAUGAAUCUCAUUGAUUUCAGUGGAAAUUUGCAUAUAAAUAACUUCAGAGAUGAAGUGUAAACUUUUAUUUUCUUGAGUUGGCCAUCCUGGAUCUCUACUGUCCUUCACACUCUAAAGGUUUCUAAACAUAGUUCCAAAGUAACAUUAAAAUAAAACAUUAAUGCAUUAUCAGUUCCUGUGGAUAUUGGUGAAAUGACAUGUACAUUCCAUGGGAAAGCAAUCUUUUAAUUAAUCUAGUGAAAUGGUAAGGAAUAGAAUAUAUUGACUUAGGCAGCAACAGGUUACACUCAAAUGCAACUUUUUCUAGGAAUGUUUUUUCUUGUCUUUGUACUAGACAAAUGUGAAGAGUUUCUAUCGUACUCUGAUCAGUUUCUUGGCCCACAGUAGUCUAACAAUGGUUGUAUUCGCACUUUCAAUAUUGUCAAGUCUUACAUUAAAUGAAGAAGUUGGAGAAAAGGUAAGGAUGUGUUCUUUUCUUCUUCUUUUAAAGAAAUAGCUUUUACUUCAUAAUAAUAUUUGUGGCAGGAUGUGGAAUUACACCAGCAACCUGUGCAAAUCAAGUAAUGCAGGCCUGUUGUACUAACUAUGUAUAUCUUUUAUCAUCCAAUUGAAUCAUAUUUAUUGCUCUCAUAUUUCAGGUUUAUAGGUUUGCAUUGAUAUAGCUGGGUGUGUGAUGGUUCAUUAUUGUAAAUCAGAGCUCUUUGUUUAGCUUUUCCAUUCCAGAAAUAUUCAUCAGACUUUCCAGUUGAUAUUCAACAUUCUUGUGAAUGGUGAUGGAACACUAACAAGAAAGUACUCUGUUGAUCUUCUCAUGGAUCUUCUGAAAAAUCCCAAGAUUGCAGUUUAUCUUACCAAGUAUGUCUUCAAAAUAAACCUACCUACAAAUAUUCUUUUGGGGGCUCUCUGUUAUUGUUCCUUAUUUUGUGUGUCCAUUUUUGCACAUUUUUCUGUCCUAAGCUCUGUAAUCAUGUGGCUUUAAAGGUGACAGAAGCUGAGUUUUCUACUUCAGUCUUCCCUGUAGCCCUUUGUGCAUAACUAUGGUGAGAAGACUGGGAUUAUAGCCAUCCCAGUGUAAGGCAAGAGGCAGGCUGGACUUGUCUCUUGAGCACUUUUACCUGUGGUGCUUCUAAAUUUCAAAGUACAGUAAAAGAUGAUGAUGGCCACUGUUUCAUUCAGCACCAUUUUAGAAGAUGUAUUCCCUUCUGUUUGUGAAACAGGCCUGCGGAGUGGACAUUUUCAAUAAUCAUACCCUUAGAUGUCAUUUCUCCCUCCUGCUGCCACUGAGAAAGAGCUGUAGAUUAUCCAGCUGCCUGACAUUUUUGGUGUUAGCAUCCAUUUUAUUCCCAGGAAGAUGUGUCAAUAAAUAUCUUUAUUCCCUUGCACCAGAAUAUAAUUUUCUAUCACUCGUGCCCAUUCAACACAUGUGGAAUGUGCUUAGCUUUGCCUACAUUGUUAUCACCUGCUAGAUCUGAAAUUUCACCAUAUUGGAAUCAACAGAAAAUGAAAUUAUUCUCCUUUUCUUAUUUGCAGUCAGUUCCUAUAAUGCUGUAAUCAACAGCAGGUCUCCAGCUGUAUUCCAAGAGCAGCAGAAUCUAAUUUUCAGAAUAGAUAUUUGAAACAUGUAUGGCUUUCUAAAUGGAAAGCAAAUAGGUCCUCAGUAUUCAUACAGGCAUGUUUUGCUGAGAGAGAAGUUCCAAUUGACUCCUCUCCCAUAGUGUUUCUAUUCAAGUGGUCCUUACCAGAGCAUUGAAAUUUUAAGAAGUGGUGUCUGCAUUUGUUUGCUUCCCCCACCCCAUUCCCCACCCCUUUUUCCUUUUGCAUGACAUCUUUCUGUUUGUAAGCCUGUAGGCAGGGAGACCUUGUUUUUAUUGAUCUUAUGUAAGUCUUUGGCCGAAGAGCAAGAUAAAAAUGCUUAAAUGACACCUGUGCAUAGAACUGUCAUAUUUGCAUUAGGUUUUAUGUCUUGCUUAAUUAGAAUUGCCUUAACAACAUGUAAGAACUUGAACUUUAUUUUAUGUGCUGUGAAUUAGACAUUGGGAUUGACACCCAGACUCAAAAACACUUGUUUGAUAAUAUUGAUUUAUAGCAUUGAUAUGCUGUGUUUGAGCUAUUUUAACUCUUUUAGUUGGUGUAUUAGCCCUUGUAGCCAGUCUUUCCUAGCACCACUUACUGUGACUCAUUGACAUUCUUCAAUAGUUUAAGCUACAAUAUUUAAACUAAAAAUGAAUUAUGAGCAAUACUCAAGAAAUCCUCCUUUUGAAUGUUGAGUAAUGUUUCCAAAAUGAAAACUGUAUUUCAACAUUUUUUUUCUUUUGACAAUGUAGAUAUGAACAUUUUACCUCCUGCGUCACUCAGGUAUUGGGUCUCCUUCAUGGAAGGGAUUCUGAUUCUUCAGCAAAGGUACUUUACAGCUAAAUAUCUUUGUAGUGAUACGCCUUAACAGAAUCCAGAUACUGAGCAUUCUUACAUCCAUCCUUAACUUUAAGUAAAUGCCUUGAAAUAUGGUGAAAUACACUAAUGUUGAUACCUACAUAUUUUGGGCAGCUCGGCUUGUAUGGAUCAUGUUGUGCUUACUAUUUCAGUAAGAUUAAACUUUACUUACAAGCCAGGUAAGCCACAACGUUAUAUGAAUGAGUGUGUGUAUUCAAAUAAAACAGUUUGCAGAUUGUGUAGAAAGUUACAUCCUCAUGUGAGGAAAAUGUGUGUGUUUGAACUGUGGCUGUGAGGUUUAUGCUCUGUGCGGUUCAUUCAUAUUUUGUGAACACUAUUUCCACCAUGCUUUUGUAUAAGAUCUCCCUGAUACAGGCGCUGACUGACCGUAGGUCUGUGGAAAACCACAAACUUUACAUGCCCUGACAUCUCCUUUUAAAGUAUCCCUGGGGGCAGAAGUGAGAGAACUGUAAACAUUUGGCAUUUGCAGGCUGAAUGCAUCAGUGGUGUGUUUCCGGUAUAAUACAGACUUGUAUAUAGGAGGUCAGAUUUUUGGCACGUCCUUUACAGCUGUAACAUGGGUAAAACAAGCAGUUUAUUUGUGUGUUGAAACUUUCCAUUACUGUAAUCUGAAAGAUAGUCAUUUCUGCUUAGGUGUUGGAGUUGCUACUUUCCUUCUGUUCGGUAACGGAACUCCGUCACAUCUUGCGUCAGGCAAUAUUGGAGCCAAAUAAGGCAAGCUGUGGGAGCACAAGACUUGCAACUCGAUCUAAGCCUUCAGAGCCAUCUGUCCUCUUAGUACAUUGGUCAAACCAACCGCUGGAAGCAUCUGAAAACUGCUCAGCUCUUGCAUUGGAGCUGUUCAGGGAGAUAUUUGAGGUACCGACUUCUUUUACAAUUGGCUUCAAAUGUCUUCUCAGCGAGCCAGUCCAUUCAAUGUGAAAAUGAGGCACUUGCUCCAGCCUCAUAGCUGUGCCACACACAUCCCAACAAGAAACAACUUGCGUCACUUUUAGCCUUGUCGUUUGGUAAUAUCGUUAAGCCCUUAGCUAGUUUUGUUGCUGGUAACUGUAUAUGAAAAUAGCAAAUGAAGCCAAUGCAAAAAUAGUUCUUAUAUUUUUAUAAACAAUAUCCCAAAAGGUUCAUAUUUAACUUUUUUAAAAAAAAUACAUGUUGCAUUUUGGCCACUCCCAUUAGGUUAUUGCUAGCCAUGUGCAUGUUUUUGCAAAUCAACUUUAAUGGAAAUUUGGGGUAAACUACCUCUAUCUAGUGUUUGAGGGGGCAGUCUUUACACCUGGUGUUCUGUAAGUAUAUUUGCCUCAUCUUGGCUCAGGGUGUUUUCAUGAGUAGCCAGGUUAGGACUCCUGCAUCAGCCCAGUACCCAGAUCACUUCCUUAAUAAGCAAGUGAAGUCUGAUGUUUCUCCCCACAGGGUGGAAAGGAACAGUGUGGAAGAAUUGUUUUUAAAGGAAGAGGGAGAAGAUGUACAUGGAUCCUUCAACCUUUCUUUUCCCUUGAUCUUAAGCCUCUGCUUAACAAGGCUUAUGCAUCUUGUAAUAAAAUGUCUGCCACCUAUAGUUUUUGCAAGUUCUUAAGCUUACAGUAUAAAGACCAACAGUAGUGCACUUGCCACUGCAAAAUAUUGUAGUUAAGUUUCAUCAGUUUGGACUGGAAUAUGUUUCAGAAUCUAUCUUCUGUGAGAAAAAAAACUAAUGAUGGGAAUGGUAUGUUUCAUGGACCUUGAGAUGAAGACUGAGUGGUUUUGGACUCAGAAAGCAGAUUUGAGGAGGGGGUCGUAUAUAUUAUUUAUCAGUUACCUGGGUGCCAACAAGCAUGUCAUUCUUCUACAGGAUGUUAUUGAUACAGGCUGCAGUGCUGCAGCUGAGCGCUUUGUGGAUCUUCUUCUUCCUGUUCUUCUUGACCAUAUUCAUUUGCCGGAUCAUGUCUUAGAAGACCUGUUGGCAAAGAAGAAGUGUGAAAGAAUGAUCAGGGCUGUUGAUGUCUUGAGAAAUAUCCUUGAUCCACGUUCUUUUUUUUUUUUAUCAUGAGCUUACCAUGAAACUAUACUCAGUAGUCUGUAAAAUAGAUGAAAUGCAUUUGAUUUAAAUAAUACUUUAAACCCAAGACUUUGGGUAAACAGGCAAACUAUAGAAAAGGUUGCUCUUAAAAUAGUUCAGGAUAAAAUAUGGUGUCUGUGCAUUAUAUUUUGUAACUGGAAUACAAUGUAACGGUUAAAAGGUGAUACAUGUUUGAACAGUGUUUGUUAAAGACUGCUUUACAGUUUACACAACAGAUUCAUUUUCUGCAAAAACUAGCAUUUGUCAUGACAAACAUAAGUGUGAAGAGUCAUGUGUCUAAAUAUGUGAAGGGAAUGGUUGGAAAUCAAACAGUUGCGCUUCUUGAAUAUGUAUUCUCUGUGUUUACGCAUUUUCCUUUCAUGCACUGGGUUUUUAUUAUAGGAAGUGUACAUCCAGAAAAGUAUGGACCAAAAAGUGCCCUGAAUUUCAUGUGUUCAUUAAUGAUUAUAUUAUCAGAGUUUUUCUGGCAUUUAGACAGAAAUCAAGAUCGAUUAGACUAGCCUAGAGCUGCAAAUUUCUCUUUGGCUUAUUUAUUUAUUUUUAAAUACAUAGAGUUAUCCAGUCUCUAAAUUGCUGAAAAGUAAUUAAGGAAUAGCAUCAGCCCUUACGAACACUACUUGGAGACUCCUAGUAAAGUAAAAAUGUUCUCCUGCUAAAUAUUUCCUUCUGUUAAAAAAAAAAAAUCUUCUUUCAUGAGUCAGAUUUAUCCUUAACAGAACCUACCGCUUUGUGCAGAUGAUACGCUAAAAAUGCAUGUUACUAAGGCUCUAACAGCCAACAAAUGUACAUCUUUAAUUGAAUACCACUUUACAUGCAGUGGGAUUGACUUUGGCUUUGGGACAAAGGUAAUGGACUCUGAACUGAGGUAAGCACCUUUUGUUUAAAAACCCCUGGACCAAUCCUUUAGGUUCAGUCUUCUUAAGGAUACACUUACAUUAUCUUUCUUUAGGGGAAAAAUAGCCCAAACAUAUAGAUUUUGUUCAUUUACAACACCAAGCCACGUGUAAGCUACAACAAGCUUGAGCAAAGCCUCAGGUUCAUGCACUUCGCUUCCCCUUUUGCCCCUCCUGCGGUCAAGUUCUGCAACUUUUAGCUUCACUUACUGCAAAUCUUGACUGCUCAUGUCCUACAGACAGCAGACCAUGUUUUAAAACAAACUAAUCAAUUUCAAAAGAAACCAGUUUCAAACCCUGGGUUAUGUAGCUGACUUUUAGGUAAAGGUAAAGGGACCCCUGACCAUUAGGUCCAGUCGUGACCGACUCUGGGGUUGCAGUGCUCAUCUCGCUUUAUUGGCCGAGGGAGCUGGCAUACAGCUUCUGGGUCAUGUGGCCAGCUGACUUUUAAAAACCACUAAUUUAGUAAAAUACAACAAGCCAGGAUCCAAUGAAAGUAAAAGUAAACACUGCAGAAGGCCUGGCUGCAUGAGAGGGGGACGUGAGCAUGGCCAGUGGCUUAACACUGAUUGUUGUUGUUGAGCCCUAGCAGCUGGUAAGAUAUCCUUGAAAUUGAGGGCCUUCAUUUUAAUUACAAUAUUCUGAAGUUUCUAUCUAUAUGGAUAUGCAUUUGAAAGGAAUAAAGGUGUUGUGUUCAAGUUUUCCAUUUAUACAUAAUUUUAAACAGGCAAAUAGGGUGGGGUGGGGAAUGUUGUAAGCAUCAUCACAGUAAUACUGUGUCACAGCAGGCCUCUUUCAAUUAAGAAAAGAACUCCAAGACAUCUCGGUAUGCAAGGCAGAUUGACUAUUACAUAUGCAAUGUUUGAUUUAACCUCCAAGGGCAAAAGCUAUGUAAAUGAAAGACCCAGUGUCAGAGCAAAGAGCAGUGUAAGAUAUAAAUAGCUGGUUCAAAGUUUCUUCACAAAGGAAAAUCUGUUACUUCUUUUGUUGUUGUUUUUUUGCAUUUCAGUUUUAAAAAACAAACAAAAGUAGUUUUAUUAAAAUAUAUAUAUUUUAUUGUUACAAAAUUGUACACACACAAAUCAUAAAGCAUGACAUGACUAAGAAAAAAUGGGUCACGGCGGGGUGGAGGAGAUACGAAACAUUAUUUUAUAGUACAUAAUAACGAGGUGAUAAUAGUAAACCAGUGAAAUGAACUUGGAGAACACAGAGUAAUAGGACUGAGCUAAUGAGAACUUCAUGCUUAUCUAUGCCAUAUUGCAAAAUACGUUGUGAGUAUUUCUUGUCUGUGUGCUGUUUCAUUUGUAUACAAUAAGCCCACAGUUUAUGCAGGGAUUAACUUCCAGCAAUCAUGCCUAAAGCCAAAAUCUCAUAUAGUCAAAACACAUUGGGUUCAGUGGCAGGUGGGAUUACCAGAGCCUUUUUCCUGGAUGCCCACCCCCUUUUAAUUUUUUGCCAAGCACAUAAAGCUGAAUGUGCCCGAGUUAAAUGUGAGUAACUUGUGGGCUUAAUGUAUUUAAUAAGAUCACACAAUACAGUAUAGAAAUAAUCUUGUUUUUUUCUCUUCUUUUGGAACCAUGAAUUUUUGCAACAGCUUGCCCAUUAUGGCUGUUUGCCAGACUAUAUUAUACCAGUGAUCAAUAGUCAUUAAUUGCAAGGAUUCCCAAGUUCUGGCUAUAACUCUUCUAGCUGCUGUUAAUAAAUGUGUUCUUAAUUCCUUGCUUCUUACUUGGUCCGUAUCUGAAGUACAGUGGUACCCCGGGUUACAUAUGCUUCAAGUUACAGACUCCGCUAACCCAGAAAUAUUACCUCUGGUUAAAAACUUUGCUUCAGGAUAAGAACAGAAAUUGUGCAGCGGCGGCACAGCAGCAGCAGGAGGCCCCAUUAGCUAAAGUGGUGCUUCAGUUUCAGGUUAAGAACGGACCUCUGGAACGAAUUAAGUACGUAACCAGAGGUACCACUGUAUAUAAAUUAAGUAAAGCUUUAUUGGUAUUGUCUGAGCUGUAAUCUGAGAUAUCUCUUUUGAAACUUCCUUCUAAAAUUGUUCUAUUUGUGAACAUUCCCACCACAUAUGUUAGUAUGUAUCUGUAAUUUGGCGUCCUCUCCAACAUAAUGGAAAACGAUUGGAUCCUUUUACUGGAUGACAUCAAUUCUACCAUAUGGCUAAGUUGGCUUGCUUCAUAGGUGGUUUUAAUAAUUCUAAUCAUUUUUUGAUUUGUCAGGUGGGCAGAACUCUGCAGUGUAGCCAAUCACAGUGGGGCUCACUGUCAGUGUUGAUCAGUGAGCCCCACUUGCAAAGGAAUAAUCUGAAGCUCUUAAAGCUUCUAAUUGUUCCUUUGAAGAUGUCCUUAUCUGCCCCAUAUCAGAUGUUAGGUUUGGGGUAGGUGGCUGCAGUGUGUAGAUGUGACAUGCUAGUCAUUGCUGGAAUUUAUGGUGUACAAUAACUUUUCUUUUAAUUAUCACCUUUUUUUCAGCAAGCUUGCUGCUGAUGUAAUCCUAAAAACACUGGAUCUUAUGAGCAAGCUUAAGCAGCUGGUUUCUAACAUGGAAGUCAACUUUUACAAAGUUCUUCAGGUAAGGUUUGUUGAUCAUUUAAAUGCCUGUUAAGAUAGACAGUGUACAUGAUUAUGCUCAUUCUGUUGUAGUGACUAACAGCAUCCUCAGACAACAUACUAACUGCCAUUCUUCAAAUACUUACCUUUUCCAUCAUAGCCAGACUGCAAUUUAAUCAUACCUUUUUAAGAAGUACAUGGCAGUGUUUUGAAUCCAAAGGUGCCUUGUAUGCAUAGAAAUGGCCUCUACCUCUAAACUCUCCCAAUUCCUUGCUUUCAUCUGUCCUGUUCUAAAGGAUCACUUAACCUUUAGAAGCUUUUGUGGGUGCAAAAGGGGAGUGGCCAGGAAAGCCCCACUGUAUAAGUGGAGUUUUGCUCACACUUCCCUUGAUUCAACAUAAUUGUUCCAAUUUAAUUUUAGUGCAGUUUCAUUUUUAGAAGAGUAUUGCCUAUAGCAUGGGGUAUGUUUUUAUUUUUUCUUUCUUUCUUUCUUUCUUUCUUUCUUUCUUUCUUUCUUUCAUAGAUUUCAGGGCAGUUUACAACAUAAAAAUACAAGAUAUAAACACAAGGUAUAUAAUAAAACCAAGGACAAAAAAAUCCCACAAACCAAUAACCCCCUCCCACAGAAACAUUUUAAAGGGUCUAGGGUGUUAAUCAUCCAAAGGCCUGGUUGCAGAGUAUAGUUGUACAGUGGCAGCAUUUGAGAUCUUCCAAUAGAAUUUAGCAGAUCUGAUUACUUUCCACAUCUUCUGCUUCAACUCAAAAUAUCCCAGAGGAGGCAUUAAAGGUUGCAUGAAAGAAUGCUUCAUUAAGAAUGCAACAGAUAAAGUGAACGUGUUUAUCACUUGUUUUUCCUUCUUGUGUAAUAUAUUUGUCUAGCUGCUAAAAAUAAUUGCUUAUCCGCACUCACAAGUGGUUUGUGUCUAGGACCAACGUUUGGUUACACCUUUGGCUUUUGCUUUAACAUCAGACCACAGAGAGCAAGUGCAGGCAGGACUUAGAAUUCUGUUUGAAGCAGCACCAUUGCCAGAUUUUCCUGCCAUAGAGUGAGUUUCUUAUUCUUCAUAUUUUUAAAAAUUGUCUUGUGUUAAAAGUUUACUCUGGGCUUUUGUUGUCAGUUCUUGAUCCUGCUUCAUUAAAAAGCUGUUUAUAUUUUAUUUGCAAUUCCUUCCUGCUGAUUUAAUCUUAUAUGUGUUUUUCAUAUAGGCUUGGUGAAAGUAUUGCGGCCAAUAACUCUUACAGACAACAGGAAGCAGAGCACGCAUCUAAAAGGAACCACAUGCAAGCAUCCAUUACCUGUGUUAACCCAAUGAAAUGUUCUGCUGCUUGUGCUCCAAAUGACGAUGUUGCAACUUUCAACAUUCAGGACCUGAUACAGAAACUCCAGUCUAGCCUGGAGGUUAAUGGCUUUAAGAUACAGCUUUUGAAUAAAAGCAGCUUUGUCCUGGCAUAUGUAAAAUGCAAAGCAGUCUGCUCCAAUCGGAUUUUUCAGGCUUCUGAAGUCUGACUAGUUUCUAUAGAAAGCUUUGCACAAAGGCAUGAUAGAGACAGUACAAGCCCAAACUGUUACAAAGCAGUAGGUUCCAUAUGGGAUCUGAACCCACAAUGACCAGGGAUUAGGCCAAGCUCCACUGAACUCAAGAAAGCCUAUUGGCAAGUAGAUUAAGUACAUAACGUGUAACAGGACACUUCUGAACAGAAGCGUUCUAGAUAGAGUAACUUGAAAAGAAUGUGCUUUCUGUAGCAGCCAUCAGUAUGUCACAAACUGAAAAUUAAAUUCUGUGGUCGGUAUUCACCUAAUGAGUCCCAGCAGCAGAAGCCCUGCACAAAGACUUUGACUUUUGCAACAGGGCUCCCCCAAAUUGGCCUUGGUGGUGGGGCAUUAGGAGAACACCUGGAACAAUGCAGAGAGGGAGGAGAGGGAAUUUUUUCCCAUUAGGCAAGCUAAAUUGCUUGCACAAAGCAAAUGUUCAUCAUAGUGUGACUCUGAAUUCUACCAUAAUUUUGUUUGAAGUGUAAAUUGCUUAAGAUCAUGGAGAAUUAGAUGAAUGAAAUGUCAGUAUAUUUAUAUUCUGUUCAAUCAAAAGUUUAUUGUAGUAACUAAAGGCCCUAACAAUCCCAACCACCACAAUUUGCCACACUGAAAAUUAUAGCAUACGGUAUACAAUAAUUACAUAAAAUAAGUGAUCAAUGAUUUGAAGAAAGGCAGUCAGAAUUUAUAAAAAAGUCUGUUAGCUUAUACCUAGCUUAACUUCUGUUAGACCUCUGAAUCCCCUGCACGACUUAUUGCAAUACUGUCUAGCCCUCUCUCUUGCAGCCAGAGCAUAAAGCACAAAUAUAUAUGGAUUCUAUAUAAAUCUUUUAACAAUUUAUAUUACUGUUUUGUUAAUACAGGAAUGAUAACCAAUGUUAUCUGCCAAUAUAGUAGUCAUUUUGUGUUGCUUUUGUUGAGCUUUUCAUUUGUCCAAGUAGGAAAGAUUCUGCCAUAGCUUAUGCUAUUAACAUUUUCCACAGGUGAAAGAAUCAGCCACUGAUGUAAGGGUGUCUGACAUAAUGGAUGUGUAUGAGCAGAAACUGUCUGCAUUAGCAGUGAGUACAUGUUUAAUAUGCACAAUUUUUCAUCUGAUUGCUUUGUCCAUACCUGUAUUUCAAUUUACUUUUGCUUCUGGUUUUUCUUUUAGUCCAAAGAAACUAGAUUGCAAGACCUUUUGGAAGCAAAGGCUUUAGCACUUGCUCAAGCUGAUAGACUUAUUGCCCAGUACCGUUGCCAGAGAGCUCAAGCUGAGUCAGAGGUAUGUAAAACAAACAUUUGCGCAAGAAUUAAUUUGCUGUCUGCUCAUAGCUACCACUGCAAGCUUGUUGUACAUGAGUAUGCCUUGUUUUUGAAAACUAGGUUAUACUUACUUGGGGGGUGGGGGUGGAAUCAAUACUGAUAUUAAAUUUUUGCAUAACUGCAAUCCUUUUGCAGUCCACAAUACUUGAUGUUUCUAAAGCCUUAAAAUUUUAACAUUUAUCCAGUUUAAGAAUAGAUUGAUGCCCUUCGGAAGUUAUUGAUGGAAUGUAGACUUCUCAUUGACCAGAUAGUGUUCUUUAAGUGAGCUAUGGAAUGGAGCAGCAAACAUAAGCCACUAGUGAAAUACAUUCUCCUUGUCUUUCCAAAAGGCUAGAACACUUGCUUCGAUGUUGAAGGAAACUGAACGAAAAAAUGAAGAACUUGAGUCCUUGUUGAAAGCACAGCAAGUAGAAUCUGAACGGGCACAGAGUGAUAUUGAACAACUCUUUGAACACAAUAGGAAGCUACAGACAAUAGCAGAGGAACAUGAGAUACUGAAAAGAUCUUCCAUUGACCUUCUUCAAAAGUAAGAUUUUAAGCUACCAUGAAAAAUGUGUGAAGAAAUGAGUCUUUGAAGCAAAACAACAACAACCCCACAACCUUAUGCACUUGAUCAUUAUACAAAUAUGCACAUUUUCCAAAAUUGAUAUGUGUGAGGCUUGCAAAAGUUGUAGUGGUUGUUGCAGGGAUGGAGGUAGGCAUCUGGUAGAUGCCAAACCAAAACCACAGUAUCCAACAGUAGGAAUUCAGGGCAUGGGUUUCAGAUCGCACAACAUGGGAUCAAGUCUGGUGCACAGUCAGUCUUGGCGGGGGGAAACACUUUCCCUUUAAGUAAGGAGCUUGGUGUUUAUAACCACUCCUUAUUCUAGAAACUGCAGGUAAUUCCUAUGAGCCAUGUUUUGAGAAUUUAGGCCUUAGUUCUAAGACCUAAACGUGAUUUUUGAUGUAAGACUUCACACGUAUGGAUAGAAGUUUAUCUCAUAAGAUUAGAUUAUUCAAAUUGAUCUAUAUAUUCAGGGCAGCUUGCAGAAUUAGGUGGCAACGGUUGAUCUCGGCUAGGAAUUAUUUUGGCAAUUCCUGUCCUUGCUUUCUUGCAACUGUCUCAUAGGGAACUAUGAUGAAAUGGAGCCACCGAGAAACAAGAGAGAGGUAUCAGCAUAGAAGCAUUGGGGGGGGGGGGAUACUAGAAAGGUGCAAAUUCUUCUCCACACCAAACAGCCCAGGAAGGCUAAGUUUUCCCAGCAGUGUCUGAAUGCAAAGUGUCAGUUUGAAAAUGGAAAUGGAAAAUUUGAGGUGUGGGAUGAAAUAUCCAGGCUGCCCAGAGCACAGGAAAAAGAGCAGUUCUAAUAGGAGGUGAGACUAUGUUGCAACAUCUUGUUGCAGCUUCCACCUCUAUAGAACUGGCAUCUCAAAUUAGGUUCUGCAGUCUUUACCCCUCUUCAGAUAUGUAGAGGGCUAGGGACAUGGAUUCCAGCUCUGCUUCUCCACUGCUGACCUUCACACAAAGGUUGGAGUGGAGGGUGAAAUGAGGUGCACAUGGAGAUGUUGAAGGUGGGGCUGGCAUACAUAUAUAUAUCUGACUCCUACACAUUUUUUGUCCUUGGCUGGUCAGGCUGAACACCUGAACAGGACUUGUCAAAAGCAGGUUUGUGUGUUGACACUUGGGCAGAAAAUAAGCAGAAAAUAAGCUAGUCCUUGGUGAUGAAUUUGAAAUUAAUUUCACUGGGGACAAAUGUAAGGUUAGGCAGGAAUAUGUAAGCAAUGAGAAUCAGAUGCACAAGUAAAGGAUGGGGGAGGGGGGAACACCUGGCUUGACAGCAGCACAUAAAGGAUCUAGGGGUUAGCAGACCACAGGCUUAACACAUGUCAACAGUGUGAUACAGCAGCAAAAAGCCUAUUACAAUUCUAGACUGCAUCAACAGAAGUAGAGUGUCCAGAUCAAAGGAAUAAUAGCACUACUCUAUUCUGCUUUGGUCAGACCCUAUCUGGAGUACUGUGUCCACUUCUGGGCACCAUACUUUAAAAGGGACAUUGGCAAGCUGAAACCUGUGCAAAAGAGGGUGCCCACAAUGAUCAAGAGUCUGGAAACCAAGCCUUAAGAGGGACAGUUAAGGGAGUUGGGCAUGUUUAGCCUGGAGAAGAGAAACUGAGAGGUGAUAUGAUAGCCAUCUUCAAAUAUCUGAAGGGCUGUCACAUGGAAGAUAGAGCAAGUUUGCUUUCUGCUGCUCCAGAGGGCGGGAUCUGAACCAAUGCUUUCAAAUUGCCAGAAAUUAGAUUCUGACUGAACAUGGAGGCUUCCUUCACUGGAGGCUUUUAAUCAGAGGUUGGUUGGAUGGCCAUCUGUUAGGGGUUCUUUAGCUGUGCGUUACAAUUAAGUGUUUUAAAUUUGUUGUUAGCCUCCCUGAGCCCAGUUUUCUGAACCGGGAAGGGCAAGGUAUAAAUAAAAAAUUAUUCUUAUACUUGCAUUGCAGAGGGUUGAACUAGAUGACCCUUCCAAUUCUACAAUUCUAUGACUUUUUCCUACUGUGCAAGGUUUCUUAUUGCUAUAUCUGCAUGGAAAAUUAGCAGUAGUUCCCUAGGCCAUGAACUGCAUUUUAGUAUAACCGCAAAAAGAAGUCCUGAUCACAGAUUUCAAAUGUUUGAACUCUGUGAUCAUGAUUCAGUAUAAGCCCUCUUUUAAGGCUUGUACUGAAAGUUGCACAUCACACCUGUCAACACACCUGUGAGCAAGUCCAGUAAUUUUGAGAGUAGGAACUUUGACACGUUUAAGAAAAACGCUUCAAAUUAAUUAUGUUUAAUAAUAAUAUUUUUCUCUUUUUAGGCAUGAAACCAUUGAAAAACAAUAUAACGACCUGCAGCUAAUGUGUAAUUCUCUGACCAAACAACUUGAGACCAUUAAAAGGCAGAACGAAUCUCUCAAGCAACAGAAUGACAAGUAAGUUCAGUCCUUACCUUAAGUUAAAAGGAUGCUAUGUUUCAAUGAAAACCUUCAUUUUUAAUCAAAACUGCUUUAAGUGGGGUUUUUUUUUAACAUACUUGGAAAUAUUCUGAAGUGUAUUAUGAUUUGUUUGCAGUUUUUCAAAGGGUUUGUAUGCUGCCUUUCCAUGCAUAGAACAAUCAUGAAGAUGAUAAUCAAGCAGGUUCAUAUAGUUGUGUAGUAAAAGUGAAACUAUUGUUUAUGGCUUUUGUGGGUUUGGGGUUUUUUUUAUUUAAUUAAGCUUAAUCUCUAGUGUAAUUCGUUGCAGAUCAUUUUGAAUCUGUGUCAAAUGCACAACUUGAAGUUGUUUGACACUUCUGACCAAGAUGUUGAACUUCUCACUUCACCCAUUUCCCACAUUCACAAAAGCUUUCAAAACUGUGGAAGGGCAAGAAUGUUUCAUUUUCCUUCUGACUAUAUUUAUAUAUGAAUAGUAAAAAUUAAUAUAGCUCUUCCAACAAACUCAACAAUGCAAGAUAGUCCAGUUAGUUGCCUUUAGAACUACAUAAAAUAAAAUGAUUUGGCUCCUGAGUACUGCGAACCGAAGGAAACUUGCAAACUGGGACAUUCCUGUCUGCUCCUUGUCACCCCCUUCUGAAGUCUUUCUGGGGGCCUCUCCUGAACAGCACGGAAUGGAGUAUGGGGGAGGGGGAGGGAGAAGGGAGAUGGUUGAGCAUGGUUCACCAUGGAAAGCUAGCAUACAAACAAAACUGUUGAUGAUGGUUUGGGUCUACUUCAGCAUUAGAGAUACAAUUAUGCUGGAAAUCAGAAUAGUUCAUUGCAGGCAUCCCCCCACUUGUUUGCUACCGUGUGUACACGUGGCACUGGGAAAAAGUUAAAAGAAUUAAAUUCAAGCCCAGAAAUGGCUGGAGACAGUUGGAAAGUCCUUGUGGCUUUCAAGGAGACCCUUCUGUGAGCAUCGAGAAGAAACUGGAGGCAUAGGUGUUGCAUGCAGCAGCAGCUUUCUCACAUGUCUUCCAGCCAGUCCCAGAGCUUUGAUUCCAGUUGUGGAUAUUUUUGGUACAGUACAGUGGUACCUCGGGUUAAGAACUUAAUUCGUUCUGGAGGUCCGUUCUUAACCUGAAACUGUCCUUAACCUGAAACACCACUUUAGCUAAUGGGGCCUCCCGCUGCCGCUGCACAAUUUCUGUUCUCAUCCUGAAGCAAAGUUCUUAACCCGAAGUACUAUUUCUGGGUUAGCGGAGUCUGUAACCUGAAGCGUCUGUAACCCGAGGUACCACUGUAUUUUUUUAUUUUGGGAGAGUAGUAUUUUGGAGAGAAAGCGGCUGAGAGGGCAUUUAGAGGGUACUUCCUUACUUAUGUGAUUUUCACUUAUGCACAUGGGUCACUCGAACGUAAACCCCGGAACGUAACCCACUUUGGGAAUUAUGUGUAAGAGUUUCGUAAAGAGGAUGCAGGGUGAAAAUCAGGUAUACCUUCACCUCUCCAUUCUAAGGCAGCAAAUUCACAUUGUUUCAUCUCUCUAUCUGAUAAAUUAUAUAUAUUUCCUGGCUCCUGUCCAAACAAAUGAGAAUUGAAACCAUGUGUUCAUAUAGGUAUCUCAGAAUUAGACUCAUUUAACAUUUUCUUAAAUGAUUAUUGGGUGGGAAAUGCCAGUUGACGUUCAUGGUGGUGAUGGGUAGGAGAAUGCCUUGUUCUUGUUUUCAGUUAAAUAGAGAGAUAAGAUCUGUGGUUAUCUUGUGUGAGUUUCAAAUACAUAGCGUUUGAAUGUUAAGUAACCUAUAUAUUAAAAAAUCAAUCUACAGGGAUUUUGUAAGUACAAUUAAAUUAAAAAUAGUAUCUCCCCUGUUUUCACAUAGGAAGUUCUAAUGCUCGGUAUGUUGUUUGCAAAUGUCUGUGGUGGGUGUUUUGUUUUGUUUGUACUUUACUUUAUUUAUGUCCCUUUUCUGCAAUUGACAAUAUGGAGGAAUACUAUUUGGCUUACAAUAGAUACGGAAAUAAUGAAAUGCAGGAAGAAAUAAAGUUGAAAAAUUCAUUUGACUUUCUUAGCUAAUCACACUGAAUGAUAGGCAAAUGUUGCUGUAAUAUGACACUAAUGAUAAGGGGAGCGAUUUUCUCAUGUUUCUUCCAUUGGAAGAUCUUUAAUGUUUGUAUCCUUCAAUUUUUCAGAACUGUCAGUCAGUUGCUAGAAACAGAAGAGCAUAGAAAAGAAUUGCACAAACAUUUGCAAGAGAAAGAUGGGAAAAUAUCAAGUAAGUUAGUUCUGACUUCUAUAUUAGCUUCAUCAGGAGUCUGGCUUUAUAGAGAAAACCUGGAACAUGUUUUUCUCCAGCUAUGCUACAUUUGAACCAUCUUUAAAUACACAGACCUACCUCUUAUUUCAAUAGAUUGGGUGAUCCUAUCAUUUUUGCUUUGGAGUUUGCAAUUACAGCUCCGUAGCACUAUGAUACUAUUACUUUACCCAAUUUCCUUUGCUCGCUCUGGGAUUUGCUGAUGUUUGGAGAACAGCAUGUUCUCUCAUUUAGACCCAGAUUCAAACUCUCAAAAUAAACCACCAAAUAUGCAAGUGUAGCAUGCCUCUAAUGGCUCAUGGGUAUUUUCUGCUGCUACUUUGGGAAACUCCCAUUAAUCAUCACAUUCACCUUAUUGGUGCACAGUCACAAGCACAGGUUUGUACAGAUGUCACAACUACUUUCUUCUUUUGGCCUGAGAACAUUAUGUCCCUGCUCGCAGUCUACGAAACAGCAGUAACCAUUGUGGUGGUUGUUUACUGGUCAUAAGGUGGUCAUGUUGUAGCUACAGUAACCUGUUAGAUGCAAGCAGCUUCCAUUGUGUGUUCAGAGUAAAUUAUGUUUGUUUAAAAAAGCACAGGUGACACAUUAUAUUUAUUUUUUUUAAAAAAGGUAAAUAUACUUUAAUGGGGGAAAGCUCUGUGUUAAUCCCUUUGAACUCAAUUGUCUCAACUGAAAGAUGUAUAUCUGCUUAGGCAGGCAAUCACUUAACUCUGGAGCACAAACUAUUAGCAUUUGCUCAGUAGAUGGCACUGUGGUGUAACUCUUUCAGUGGUCGCUUUAGAGAAGCUUUGUAAAUUGGCAAAAAGAAAAACCCAAACUUCUUUCUUUCACAAAUUCUUCCAAAGGUUUGCAACAGAAGGUAAAGAUUCAGGAAGAAAAACUUAAAGCCAGGCAGAAGGAAAAAUCAGAUAUGGAGGAGACUAUAGACAUCCUUAGAAAGGAAUUGAGUAAAACGGAACAGGCAAGAAAAGAAUUGAGCAUUAAGGUAAGCUUUCUGCUGGAGUUCGUCAUUUUAGAAAAAUUCUAAUGGUAUCAAGGAAUUAGUCACUGCAGUUGCAAAUAAAUAUUUCUGUCUAAGUGGAGUAGGUGGUGGCUGCAAUGCUGUUUUUGCUUACCUGGGAGUAAACUUCAUUGAACUCAAUAAGACGAGCUUCUGCAUAUGUCGGAUGGGAAGGAUUGAGGUGUUGGGAAACUGGUGGUUCAGAAGUUUGGAUUCCCAUUCCCAUUAUCCCUGACCAUUAGCUAUGCUGGUUGAGGCUGAUGGGAAAUGCAUUUUAUCAUUGAAUCUUCUGUGUGGAGCAAUGGUGUUUCCAAUUCUGAACCCAUAGUGUAAAGAUAAUAAGGCCUUACUAUUCUCAUAGUGGGGAGGGACAGUAAUACAGCCUAUAGUUGAACAUAUUCUAGUAAAUCUUCCUCAACUUGCUGGCCAGUGAAUCGCCAAAACCUUCUGUCUCGUAAAUUGUGUUCCCUGCUAUGUACAUUCUGUCCCUCUUUUACCAAGUCCACUGCAUCCUCUGCUUUCUGAACUCUCCCUUUCCUGUUCAUGGCAUUGUACACCCUUGUGUAUCCCCUUUUGUGAUCUCUCUUUGUGAUCCACUGACAGAUAGAUAUGCACACCUUCUUGUCAGCAUCUUCUGACAGUGUUGUCACUAGUUCUGGUCACAUGAGGCAUGUCUCGUGUCCUCCAGCUUUUCCCUCAUCUCAUGUGUGGAAUCAGCUGAGUAUGGUGAUUUUUCUGACCAGCAAUUUAUUCUUUGCCCUGGACUUGCAACCACCAGCUGCUACCAGACUGUUUCUGAAGCAUCACACUGUUCUCUUUGCAUUAUGAUUCAUAAAUUAUUUCCUACUUCCAUUGUGCAACAGUCUCUAGGGCAGUUGGUAAUAUAAUCAGCAUGAACUAUGGCUGCCAAAACCCCAUCUCAAAGCUUGGUUUGAUUCCACUUUUCUGUCCAGUCAUAACCCAUGGAUUGUCCAUUUAGAUACCAAACCAAGAAAGUUUCCUUAACUGUUCUUUGUUGUGAUGUAUGGAUUCACCCAAUUUACUAGAUGGCAAAUAUGUAUUUUGGAGAAAUAUGAUUGAAUAGUAUCUUACUAUAUGACUUUAGGCAUCUUCCUUGGAAGUUCAGAAGUCACAGCUGGAAGGACGACUGGAAGAAAAGGAAGCUUUGGUCAAAGUCCAGCAGGAAGAGCUAAACAAACAUUCUCAUAUGAUAGCAAUGAUACAUAGCUUAAGUGGUGGCAAACUAAAUGCAGAGGCUGUGAAUCUCAGUUUAUAG